GAAGGAAGCUUAACAAGUAUAACAGCGGCUAGUCUUCCUCCGGGACUUAAAUCAUUCUAUCUGUAUCUCCAUCCACUAAUUAGUAUUUCUGAAGACGCCUUCGAUGCAUCGGCAACGACACUUAAAAGCGUAACAAUUGAUACUGCACAGCUGAAAAGCAUCCCAACAGCGCUAAAGAAACUGACCAAUUUGACAGAUAUUUAUCUUGAACAUGUACCAAUACAAGAAUGGGAUGCGGCUACACUGAAACAGAUUGCUACAACACUUGAAUCUCUAGAACUUAGGAACAUGGGUUUAUCUGCGUGGCCCAGCUGGAUUUCUGACUUUCGUUUGCUACGCAAAAUCGACCUACUCAGCAACGAUCUGAAAUAUAUACCUGAUGAUGCUUUUAAUUCUGUCAAGAAUAUAUUGAUAUAUUUAGACCUUUCGUCGACUGGCUUGACUCAAGUGCCAAAUGCGUUGUCCACACUCUUAAAUCUGAACACCCUAGACUUAAGUAACAACAAUUUUACAGAUGUGCUUCAGGUUGAGAAGCUAAGUGGGGCUCCAUUUGCCCCGAAGCUGUCUUAUUUGUAUUUAGAUUCAUGUGGACUGACUGGUGUAGCAAACUUUUCAAACUUUUCAAAUCUAACGAUCCUUAGGUUAACUAGCAACAGAUUAUCAGAUAUACCUGCCCACUCACUUCCCACGUCUUUAACAGCAUUGCAUCUUUCAGACAACAGUCUCUUGAAUGUGCCAGAAGAUAUCGCUAGCAUGCCAAGCCUUUUCACUUUAGUCUUGUCUGACAACUUUAUUACGAACGUUGAAUCGAACUCAUUUCCUUCAAGUCUGGAAUACCUAGACUUGGGUUUCAACAAUCUGACUAUCAUUACAAACACAACUUUCAGAAAUCUCAAUCUCCUAAGCUCCCUAUAUAUGGAUAGAAACCCCAUCUCAACCAUCGCACCUGAAGCAUUCUCAGAUCUAGUAUCAUUGAGAACCCUCUCCCUUGUAGACUCACAGCUGACCGAAAUCCCUCUAGCUUUUACACUACUGAGCUCAAGUACAUGGGUAUUUUUAAGCAUGUCUCAGCCAGUGGCUUGUCCUUUUCCAAUUCCCCAUCAACUUAUUCAGUGGUUUUGUUCACUUAGUUAUUAUUCAUACAUUGAAGCUACCUGCAUCAACGGACAGGCUGUUUACACAUACCUCAUAGACUACUGUCAACAAACAGCUACCACUCCUUAA